AUGGAAACUACACCAAAAAUCGAAGUAACCCCAGAAUUAGUUAAUGGUUUAAAAAAGACAUUAUUAGAUGUUAAUGAACCAAUCGCCAAAAGAUUUAGAUCAUUAUUUACAUUAAGAAAUUUAAAUGGUCCAUUAUCUAUUGAUGCUAUGUGCGAAGCAUUAAAUGAUAAAUCAGCAUUAUUAAGACAUGAAAUUGCAUAUUGUUUAGGACAAAUGGAAAAUGAUCACGCAUUAUCAGUUUUAAUCGAUUUGGUUAAAAAUCAUGAUGAACAUCCAAUGGUUCGUCAUGAAGCAGCAGAAGCAUUAGGUGCUAUUGGUAACCCAAUUGCAUUAGAAACAUUAAAAGAACAUUCAACAGAUAAAGUUAGAGAAGUUUCAGAAACAUGUCAACUAGCAUUAUCAAGAGUAGAAUGGUAUACAGAAAAUGAACCAGAAUCAAUUGAUAAUAAAGUAUAUCUUUCAGUUGAUCCAGCACCACCACUUCCAACUGGCACCAAUCACGAAUCACUUUGCAAACAAUUUUUAAAUCAAGAAUUAGAUAUUUUCAAUCGUUAUAGAGCUUUAUUUUCACUUCGUGAUUGUGGUGAUGAAAAAUCAGUUUUAGCAUUAUGUGAAGGUCUCAAAGAUAGCAGUGCAUUAUUAAAACAUGAAGUCGCCUUUGUUUUAGGUCAACUUCAACAUCGUGCCGCCAUCGAUUCUUUAACUACCUGUGUUUUAGAUGAAUCAGAAUCUGCUAUGGUUCGUCACGAAGCUGCUGAAGCUUUAGGUGCUAUCGCCUCAACUGAAACUGUACCACUCCUCGAAAAACUUUUACACGAUAAAGAACCAAUUGUUAGCGAAUCUUGUGCCAUUGCUUUGGAUGUUACAGAAUACUUUAACAACACUGAGGCUUUCCAAUAUGCUGAUGGUAUUAAAAUUUUAUUAGAAAAAAAUCAUUCUUCAAUUAAUACAAAUAAUUAA